AUGUUACCCAAGCUCUCCUCGGUCUGGUCCGCGGCCCUAGCCGUGCUGGCCGCCGCCUCGUCAGUCGCUCUCGCACAGCAACACAUCCCCGUCACGGGCGCUCCUGCUCCGGGUAACGGGCCGGUUCCGCCGCGCCUCAACAUCAACGAUAUGCAAGCCAACGGAGGCCCGGCAUGGGACCUCUUUCUUCGGUCUUUGCGCGCCAUGUACGACAUGGCUCCGUCUGACCAGCGCUCCUGGUUCCAGAUUGCGGGCAUUCACGGCAAGCCCUACGUCGAGUGGAACAAUGCCGGGCCCGAACGAUCGGAUGGAUGGCGCGGCUACUGUCCUCAUGGCGAAAGGAUAUUUCUGAGUUGGCAUCGUCCGUAUCUCGCGCUCUUCGAGCAAGAGCUUGUCAAGCACGCGCAACGACUCGCCGCAGAGUAUCCAGCCCGAUGGCGCGAUUCGUACUUGAACGCUGCCGCAAAUCUGCGCAUCCCGUACUGGGACUGGGCGGCCGACCUGGCCGUUCCGCAAGCCACCGUCCCACGCACUGUCAAGGUAAAGGUCCCGAACGGUGACGGCCUCCGCGAAAACGAGAUGGAGAAUCCGCUGGCUACGUACCGGUACCCAUCUGCCGCAUUGGAAGGCCGCUUCGGCAUUUUCGACGAGGUGAGGGGCAGGACUCAGAUCAUUCGCUGCCCGGCCCCGGGAAGGUAUCCCGAGUCGGCCAACAAUGCUCUCCGGAGCCGCGCUUACCCGGAGUGGGUUUACGACGCCUUCACGACCCAAAACACUUUCAAUGGCUUCGCCACGGGUGAGAGGGGCUUCGGGCUGGAGCGAAUCCACGAUAGCAUCCACUGGGAUGGCGCGUGCGGGCAGCAGUUCCUGAGCCUCGACCUGACGGCCUUUGACCCCCUGUUCCUCUUUCACCACAUCAACGCCGACCGCCUGUGGGCGCACUGGCAGGCCAUCCACCCGGAGGCUCCCAUAUUCAACGACACUUAUCGAGGCCGGUCACGGUUCGCGACUCGCGAAAACACACUUAUUGAUAACCGCUCCCCGCUGGAGCCCUUCUUUCAGAAGUCAGGUUCCUUCCACACCUCUCUCUCGGUCCUCUCGUACGGCAGUUUCGGCUACACGUACCCGGGGCUCGAGUUUUGGGCCAAGUCCCAAGACCAGAUGCGACAAGAUGCCAUGCGCACCAUCAAUCAGCUCUACGGACCCCGUCGCGGCGCGUCGGCGAUCAAGGCUCUUGCGCUGGGCGGAGACGAGGUGACCCAGCAGCAUCAGUCUCUCCAGCGCUACUUUGUCAAGUUGCAGGUCGACAGGAGCGAGGUCGAGAGGCCGUGCUCCGUCAACGUGUAUCUCGACGACCAUCGCGCCGGUAGCUGGGUAAUUAGCCAGCAGCCCGAGGGGGGCAUUGCGCAGGGCGGUUUCACCAUCGACAAGGCCAUCCACGACACUGGUAAGCACCAGAGCUCCGUAGAAGACACGACAAAAUCCAUCAAGAACUCUCUGCGAGUCGAAAUUGAAACGCGCGAUGGGAAGAGGAUCGACCCAGGCGCGGUACCAAGUCUUACCAUGGAGCUCGAGGACGUCGACUUUGUGCCUCCAGCAAGGGACGACGAGUUCCCUCAGUACCGGAAUUCGCACCGGCAAUCGGUAACCGUGGCAGAACAUUGA